AUGAGCACUGAGAGAAAGGACGAUGAGGAUGGACGCCAUGCGCCCAAGCGCCAGCGGCUCGGCGACGCCACGACGGCGACGCUCACGACGAUGCGCAGCAAGAAGCGAUACUCGAUCGCCAACGAGUUUGAGCGCGAGAUCAGCGCGGUCAGCGGCGGCGCCUUUGCCUCCUCGUCGUCGUCGCCGCGCCAGAGCCCCGUUAAAGCGACGCGGCGCGAGACCAUUUCGCCGACCGCGCAGCAGGAGCUCCGCCUACCGGGUCGCCGCGAGACGCUGUCGCCGCGCGGCUUUCUCGCCCUCGAGUCCAUGAUGCGCGUGCCCAACGAAUUCUUUACGAUGCCGCCGGCGCUUGUGGUCGCACCGACGACCAACGGCCUCGACGACUUGCUCGCGGACAAUACGCUGUCGAUGCCAGCAUCGUCGUCGUCCGACGGACUCGAUGACAAUGAUGAUGCGUCGAUGGCCUUCUUGAACGCGCCGCCGAAUGUGACGGACGACGGGCAAGACCCGACGCUCGAUCUCGGGCCGGUGGGCCCUCUGGCGAGCGACCCGUCGUUGUUUUCGCAAGAGUCGUCGUUUGUGCCGUCGUCAAUGGAGACGCUGGCGCCGAUUCUGGAAGAGUCGGAUCGGAGUCGCAUGGACAUGAGCUCGGACGACGACGACGACGACGAGGACGACGACGACGACGGUGAUGAGUACCAGCGCCGGCGACAGUCGGUGGUCGUGAACCUCAGCGGUCGGUUCGAGAAGCUCGGGUCGUCGGGCAAGAAGACGAAGAAAACGUCGGAGAGCAGCAAGCACGCGCUCUUGCCGCUCGAAGACCUGCCCCGUCCCGCGGCGCUCGAUUUGAGCGACGAUUCGCUCAACAGCAGCCUCGACGAUGUCGACAUGCAAGACGACGACGACGACGACGACCAUGCUGAUGACAACAACAACGUCCUUGUCGACACAGACAGCGUGGUGCCCGUGGACGUUCCGCCCGUGACCCUCGAAACGCUGUUUGCCAAGCUCGAUGUCGCGCGCAUCCAUACGUCGGUCGAGACGACGAUGGCAGGCGACCCCGUCACGGCGCUGCAGCAAGUGUCGCGAUACGAAGUCGACGUGCGCACGUCGCUCGCAUCGGCCAAGGACGAGCUCACGUCCUUCAUUGACGAGCUCGCCGCCGUCAUGGAGACGGCGUCUGGCAUGCCCGUGCCGACGCACCUCGCGGCCUUGUACCAUGGCGGGCCGCUGCCGUCGAGCCUCUCGACCUUUUACGAGCUCAAGGCGUACCUCGUGCUCGGUGGGUGGCUCGAAUGGCGCACAAAGCUCGAACACGCGCGCAUGACCGCCCUGCGCCCAGUGUUGCAGUCGGCGAUGCACGACAAGGCACUGCUGGACGCCGCCACCGCGACGCUCGGCCUCAAGGAAGACCAGGAAGGACACAUUGUCGACGGGCUCUUUGCGAAUGAAAAGGCGACGCGGGCCGAGCUUGAGACGAUUGAAGAGCAACUCGUGAUUCGCGCCGAGCUCACGGGACGGCUGCAGGCGCUCCACCGGCAAGUCGAGAGUCUCCAGAAAACCCUGUCGACGCACGCCGCGCAGACAGCAACGCUCGAGGCGCGUCACGCGAACGCGUCGAUGGAUGUGUCCCCGGCGACCCUCGCGACGCAACUCGAUGCCACCAAGGCCGCGCAAGAGACGUACCAGCUCGCGUCCGGCGCGUCCAAAUGGCAGUGUCUCUCCGUCUCGGGCGUCGCAGUCGCCUUGGCGCUGCAAUGCAAGGUCUGGAAUGCGACCGUGCACGUUGCCUUGGACGUGGAUCUGAGCGCCGCCUUGCCGACGGCUUCGUUUGCGGUGCACUACGCGUCGGUUGGCGUCAAGGCGCUCGGGACAGACCUCCAGCGCGUGCUCUUUGACACGAAUGCACUGGAGAAUGCGGCGAGGCGGAUGCUGCGGUCACACGACGACGUGCCAACCUUGCUCCAAUCGACCGAGGUGACGCUGCUUCGCGCGGCCCGCGUGUACAAGGAAGUGCUCGUACUGGAGACGGACCACACGGUGUCGGUGACGGACACGACGCUGCACGUGCAGUUUACGUCGCAGCGCCGGAAAAUCCGGUUUGGCGUCGCGUGGCGUCUCUCACCGAACGUUUUGUUUGAGCCGCUGACGUUUGCGCUGACGGACGUGACGGGACUGACCAAGGCGCAAGAGCUGGCGAUUUUAGACCGGCUCGAGACGGUCCCGCGCGGCUUUCGGCGACUGCGACAGCUGUGCCAGUGCGUCGAGCGGUACCUGGACGACUUAUAG